AUGUCCAGCUUCAAGGGCUCUCGUUGGUCCGACCUGGAGACCGAGUGCUUGAUAGAGAUCUGGUCAGACACAUCCAUCCAGUACAUGCUCGACAGAACCCACAAGAACACGGUGGUCUUCAAACAGAUUAGCAAGUACCUGGCGGAGAGGGGCUUCAGCAGGUCUGUGGUCCAAUGCAGGGACAAGUUAAAGAAGCUGAGGACCCGGUACCAUCGCGUCCGCCGCCUGAUGAGCAAGUCCGGCUCUUCCGCGGAGGAAAAGGAGAAUUUUCCGUGGUAUGAAGCUGUGGACGGGAUACUGGGCACCAAGCCCACCACCCGGCCAAAAGUGUUGGAGUCCAAUCGUCCUGUGCAGCUGAUAAGUGCCGAACAAUCUCCAGAGACCGAUACCAGCCUCAUCGAAGAAAGGGCAGUUACACCCCUGGAGAUGCCUGAACCAGCAGCAAUGAGCACACCUGGUCCACGGCUUACGGCGACCAGCAGACCCGGUCUACAACCUACGGCGACCAGCACACCUCAUGCUGCUGAUAUGUCUGGGUCAACUGAGACAGUAGCAGAGGUGAACGUCCCCAGCACCUCGUCGGCAAAGCUCGAGAGACUGUCCUUGGGGCACAAAAGGAAGAGGGUCCAGGAGCCUGCCUUUGAGGCCCACAUGGAGACGCAAAGGAUGCUUGCAGACUUUAUGCAGGCAGAGGAGCGACGCCAUGCUGAAUGGAUGCAGAGGGAAGAGCGCUUCCGACAUGAAGACUCUAGCAGGGCAGACAUGCGGCUCGAACGUAUGAUGCAGCAUCAAACAAGUUUGAUCCAGAUGCUGCUUGCUGCACAAAACACCACCCCUCAGACAGUCACUUCCACUUCCAACGAGGGGGGAGCACCAGGAGAGUUUUGA